ACACUAAAAUACCCACAGCAACAUACCCAUUUCAUCAGUUUAUUCUCUCCAAAAGCACACGGCUAAAAUUGCAUUUCAUGUGACUCCUGCAGAAAAUGAAAAACAACUCUUUUCCAUGACAUGUAUUCCUUAUCAAGAUAUUUGAAUGUCUUGUCAGAGUUAUAUGCUUCCAAAACACAGAAAGCUCCUCCUCAAGGAGAGAUGUUUGGAGGAGCGACCACACACCGGACGGCGAGCAGGCAGCCAACAGCUCCUCAGACGUCCUCUUUCCGGGAGAGGGAGAAUAUUGGCUUCAACGAAAAUCCUUACAUUCUAUUUGAUAUUAGCCUGUUAUUCGAAUCACUCAAGCUUUAUAGAAUGAGAAAAGUGAAACCUUUUUGAAUGUAUAUAGUAUUUGUUUCUUCUAAAAAUAAAAUUAUCAAAUAGGCUAAUCCCUAAAGUAGCUAAACUUAAAAAAUCAGAAACAGGUUGAAGAGACACAACUGAAUAUUAAAAUAUUUAUUUCAUUUAAGUCAUCCUACAUUACAUAAAAGUUUCCAUAAUUGGAGAAUCGUCACCAAAUCGAACAGUUAUAUCGGUAUGUUUUACUUGUUAUGUAUCUGGGUUUAAGAUACGUUUUAAAUGUGCAUACAGAAUGAGACGCUGUCUUUUGUGGUACUCCUCCCAAUCUAACGGUCUCUGACUUCUGUCGUUGAUUACCCUCUAUUUUAAUUAACACUCCAGCAAAGUCAGAGAAGCACCAAUCAAACUGGGAGGGACUGGGGGUUUGGGGAGAAAUGGGGCGCGUAAGCUCCGCGUCCUCGGCGUGGAUAAGUGCCUGUCAGGAUCAGGAGACAGACGAUCGUGAACGCGCGCUCUCCGAGCGGAUAACUGCAAAACGCGGCUCCUUGUAUUGUGCACCUGCUCCUGAACAUCCUCAGCUCAAACCUGCUGUAAAUUUUCAGGAAUAAAACAUGGAACAGAGUAUUUUUCCUCGCUCCUUGUGGACUAAUGACAGCAAAUUUCUCCAUCACCAUGUGGCGGAUUUCUUCACCAGUGUACAAGUUACACAGGAUAUACCUGCUGGUACAUCAUUUGGACCUUGUGUUCUUCAUAAUACCUUUUAUGACACUAUAGCCUUCAUUGCAUUGAAGUCUUCUGACAAACGGAAUAAAUCACAUGUAUUUCGGAUAGAUCCUGAGGCUAUGAAAGGUUCUCCAUUAGUAGUUCCUUGGCUGCGGUUAGUACAGGCUGCAAUGAGCGCAGAAGACCAGAAUACUGAGGCCUACUUGAAAGGAGGACAGCUGCACUUUCAGACUAUUCGAGAUGUGAAGCAAGGGGAGGAACUGCUUGUUUGGUACGAUGAGGAGCUGUCACAUCUUUUGGGGUUCGAAGACAUAAAGACAAAAGCACUGACAGAUGGCUACACAUGUUUGAGAUGCGGCCAGGCCUUCAAGAACGAAAACCCUUUCCUUGCCCACUGUCGUUUUUUAUGUGCACAGGAAAAAGUAGAUAUCAUCAGACCAACCAAUGAACAGAAACAAGACGUCAAGCGACAGCGCAAAAUCAUAGAUUUUCACAACAUUGCAAGAGAUCUAGAACACAAAAAGGACGGUUCUCCUGAAGACAUGGGCAUACCUAGGAAAAGAAAACAGGAGGGUUCCUUAAGUCCCCAGAGCAAAAAAACUGCGUUAUUGGAGAAAACCAACAUCACUAAUUACAGCAACACUGCCAACAUCAACAAAGAUGGUCCAGUUUUUCAGGAUUUGUCAGAAUCAGACAAUUUAUCAACAAUUGAGUCAAAGAGAAGUAAAAGCAGUGCGUUUACCGAGGUUAGAAAACCCUCAGGACAGCCAAACCCCAAGCAGACAUCACGGGAUGGAAUGGCUUCUGAAGUAGGCCUGCAAUCCGACUGCAGCGCGUUCUCAUUUGUUGUACCCAAGAACGCGCACUCAGAGCAGAAGAGCACAUUCUGUGACUCCAACAAACGCACCAUCACUGAAGUUCAGAAUACUUCACCACCAGAUUCGGAUAAUAUCUCAAACUCUUUCAAAUCAAAGCCUGCACUAGGAUACAGAAAUGUAUUGGCCUCGCACCUGUUUCAUACUGACUUGCCAAGCGCUCAUGCAGGUGGAGUGAUGUCCGCUCCUCUGGGUACAGGGGGAUUUUAUUACCCGCCCGAGCAUUGGACCAGAGCUAUAGGUGGCCAGCUACAGUCUACUUCUUCUUUGACACUUUUGCCCUCUACUUUCACACCACUGAGUGUUUCAGUGCAGAACUGGUGCGCCAAAUGCAACCUCUCAUUCCGAAUGACCUCUGACUUGGUGUUUCACAUGCGGUCACAUCAUAAGAAAGAGUUCGCCACAGAGGCUCAGGUGAGGCGGAGGAGAGAAGAGAAACUCACCUGUCCCAUCUGUCACGAGUACUUCCGAGAGCGUCACCACCUUUCACGUCACAUGACAUCACAUAAUUAAGAAGAAAAACUCUAUCGCAUUUUAACCAGGUACAUUACAGAAGUAAUUAUUUAAAAUGCAUUGCCCAUAAAUAAUGCAUUGAUACUGUGAUUUAGCUUUAUAACACCUUUGCAGCUAUCUAGCUGACAAAAAUAUGUACUAAGACCGUUUUUCUAACGUUAACAUUGAGUUAUGAAAAUGUUAUUUCUUAGUGUUCUCUGACUAUUCGAAACGUCCAGUUUUUACAUGUCUGACGUUGGUUAUACGAACAAUAAGGGAACAUUCUAUUUUAUCAUAUUUCAAACGUGAAAAUUCUCUGAAACAAGUUCUAAAACAAGUAGUUAGAUGACAUGUCCAGCUAAAACAUUUCAGAAACAUUCAAGCUAAAACGGACAUUCAUGUUUUGAGAACAUUACUAAAUGCCAGAUAACGUUGUAUGAACUUUAUAUUUACAUUACUGGUUCGGAGGAAAAAACGAGAGUAGGAGAGAAGCUUGCCUGCAUGUUUUGAGAACAUUUUCUGUUAGCUGGGUAGAUUGUCUUUUUCUUCAAAGGUCAUAGUCAUUUCAGCAAGGUGGGCUAUGGGAGUGCAAUUCAGGCGAGGACUACAUCGCCACCAGGUGGCUAUAGACAUGAAUAACUUUCUCUUUAGAAAUAGCUAUACCUAGGACAUUUAGUUGUGACUAAUACUGUUGAAUUGCCUGGUCAUUUUCAACUUAACAGUGCCUUUCAAAUGUCAGGAUGAGUACAUAAACGGUAGAAUAAAAGGCUCCAGCAUUUUUAGGUUUGCUAACAGCUGACUAAAACUAUUAUAAACUGUGCGUUGUAAAGAGAUUUUAUAUUUGAAAUAUACAUCACUUCAUAAUGACAAUUUUUUUUACAAUGUUCUUUUCAGAUCUACUUCUUUUAAAAAAUUUUAACAGCACAACGACAAGGGGGAUGUAUUUAUUUAAAUAUAGCUUGUUCUGUUGUUUUAUUUAUCGUUUCUUUUUAGAUAAGUACAGUCACUGUAUUUCAUUAAAUAUUUUGAACAUAUUCCCCAGGUGUUUGCCUCUGAU